AUGAGUGGAGCUACUACCAACUCGUCUAUCAUAAACUUGUUGAAUACCAUCAUUGGUGCUGGGUUGCUAGCUUUACCGUAUGCUUUGAGAACUGAUGGGUUAGUACUGGGAAUGGUGAUUUUAUUGCUUUCUGCCAUUGGCGCUGGCUACGGAUUCUUCUUGCAAGGAGUAAGUAGCAAAUAUCUACCACCAGGUGAAGCAAGUUUUUUCAACGUUUGCCAAAUUACUUACCCUGACCUUGCUGUUGUUUUUGAUAUUGCGAUAGCCAUUCAGUGUUUUGGAGUGGGAUUAUCGUACUUAGUGUUGACGGGAGAUUUGAUGCCUCAUAUUAUACCAAUUGAAAAUUUGCCUAUUGAUGAAAGAAUAUUUUGGAUUCUAGUGUCCACAAUAUUUAUUGUUCCUACAAGUUUCUUAAAGAAGUUGGACUCAUUGAGAUAUACGUCGGUAGUGGCUUUGUUAGCGAUUGUAUACCUUGUGGCUGUCAUUUAUGGAAACUAUUUACAGGGAUUACUUACAAAUUGGGAAGGCUUUCCUGAAAGACAGCCAAUUAGUGUCUGGAAACCGCAAUCUUUCAAAGCCAUCUCAUCGACUUUUUCCAUUGUUGUUCUAGCAUACACAGGCCACCAGAAUUUUUACCAAAUUACCAAUGAAUUGUCCAACCCGACAUUGAGAAAUCUAUUGAAAAUCAACCUCGUUUCCACCAUUAUUUCAUACUUGAUUUUUGUUACUGUAGCACUAGCAGGCUAUUUGACUUUCGGUAAUUACAUCUCAGGAAACAUCAUGCUUAUAUACCCCGAUACUAUUAUAACCAGAUUAGGUCAAUCACUGUUAGUGCUUAUGGUUAUAUUGUCUUAUCCUCUAAUGAUUUUCCCGGCAAGAAUUUCGUUCAAUAAUAUUUAUGAAGCAUUCUUGAGGAGAACAACUAGGUCCGAAACAGAAGCCGAAUUAGAAGCAGAAUCGGAAGUGGAUCCAUUGUUGCCACGUUCAGCUCAGGAAGUUACAAUAUCUGGUAAGAGAUUUACCUACUUGACCGUAUUCUUACUAUUUUUAAGUUACUUUUUGGCCAUUACGAUCAAGAAGUUCGAACUUGUCUUGUCCAUAGUUGGCGCUGUGGGAUCUACUUCAAUCUCAUAUACUCUACCAGGAUUUUUUGGUUUCAAAUUGUUAAACUCUAAAAAUCAAGAUAUAAGCAAGUUGUUAAGAUCCAAUAAUAACGCAACGCUCUAUGGUCAUCCUGUAUUUCACUCGCCAGUGUACAAGUAUUGUUCUUUGGCCCUUGGCGUAUUCGGAAUUGUUGCAAUGGUAGUAUGUCUGUACUCUGCAGUCUCUAAAUAA